AGCGUAGCACGUUAGACCACCUACAUCUGUAGUAGGUAGGUACAUACCUAUUACGCAAAAUAAAUCGUCUAUGACUGAAAAACAAAAAACCUCUAUUAACCAUAACUAAUAGCGUACCUACUUAAAAUUACAAGCCUCAUUGUUAUCUUGUUUUCCAAAACCACCACAACAUUCGCGUUGCAUAUGAAAUGAACAGAGUUACGAGACUUGCCUACACUAAGAAAAACUUAACACAACCUCCUAAACUCAUUAGCAUAAAAAUGGAAGGUAUUUAAUCCACUUAGGAGUCCGCUCCAUGGGUGACACAGAGGUUCAGCACAAAACAAAUAGGCAACAAUGGAACGCGAGACAAUAGUUACGGCGAACGGCCCUCCUCUGUGGAAACUUAAAAUUGUAGCACGCCACUUGUGUACAUACACCGACACUUUGAUCGAAUAUGCAUUACAAUAGAACAGAAAUGUGGAUGACACAGUCCUCAGUUGUCGCAGCCACUGGGCGGGCGUUCCGUGCUUCUUAAGUCAAGUGGUGAUUAAUAGCCGCAGUGUAUUACGCAAGUGGUUAUACGUUAGGCAAAGUUGUUGUGAAACUUUCAGCUGAUAUCAAAAAUACCUUUACUUGGUACGAAAUCUGUGGAGGAAUGAAUUAUAUUUAAAAAAAAGUUCACAAUCGUAAAGUAGUAAGUGUUCAGAGAAGGACCUCAGUUCUGUAUCAAUAGUUGCAGUAGUUGCUAACUUUCAUUGGAAAUUCCAUCAGAAGUUCGCGGGAAAUUUCUAGAAAGAUCCAUGACCAUAUGGUUCUUGGCGUAGGAAAGGAAGAAGGUAUUAGACCCUAACGGGUACAUGUCCAGGUUUUCAAUUCUUGUAACAAAGAAAAGAGCUUCUGGAAAACAAGAAACUUGGAAGUUCUUUAAGCAGCUAGCAGCUUCUUAAAGGAAGUCCUCAGAUGGAAUCUCGUGUAGAGGCAAUGUACAAUCAAACGUAUGAUGACGAAGCACCUCUGCCUCUCAUAGCAAACUACACCGUUGUCAAAGCAGAUGACGAAGAGAAAAGGGAAACAGAAGAACGUGUUAUACUAGAAAUAGGGCGUCAAGAAGACAAGCCUAAAGAAGAACACACAUUCUCCCAUAAGAAGUAUGAUAAGACCAUAUCCCAUCACAGAUCCUACGUGCUUGAGGACUAUGAGCCAAGGAGGAUAUCGUAUUUCAGACCUCACGAAUUGGAACACAGUGCUUCAGAAGGUCCCAGAUACUACGAGCAAGAUUACAGAGACGUGUCCACGAUCCCGGAGGCGGCCAACUCUGAGUCCUCGCUGGACUACUCCCAUGAAUCCCAGGACAAUCCCAAGUACGGCACAGACGAUGUCAACCAGGAUGCCGUCAUGAACUGGAAGGAGAGAGCCAUGCAGCUCGAGAAAGAGUACAAAAAGACAGCGUGCGACAGAGAGAGGACGAGAAUGCGAGACAUGAACCGCGCAUUCGACUUGCUGCGCUCCAAACUACCGGUCACCAAGCCUUCCAAGAAGAAAUACUCCAAAAUUGAGUGCCUCAGGAUAGCCAUAUGCUACAUCAGACACUUGGAGUAUAUGCUGGCUGGAGGGUCUCCUGACGACAACCCCGCUUUCUUCGAGCUGCACGCCACGGAGCUUCGACGGAGACAGCAGAGAUUUUAAUCAUAGAUUAAAUACCGGUUUCUCCGAUACGGUCAUAAAGCAAUAAUCAGUUAAUUAUCAGUCAAAUUUUAUGUUAAUCCCUGUGCUUGGUUGUAAAGUUUUGGCUAAACCAUGGUCGUGGUCAGAGGAUAGUCCAGAAUUAGGUUAAAUUAAUCGUUUUUUAAAUCCCGGGUGGGUAGAGUAGGUGGUAAAUGCACAAACUCACUGUGUUCUUGUAUCCAGGGUAUGUAAAGUUUAUAUAAACUAGUUGUAAUUGAAAAUGCAUGACUUUCAGUAGAACAGAUACUAAUUUGGUUCCUAGCCACAAAACGAAUGUUUAGCUCAGUAGCUUUUAAUUUUUAGUGGAGUAAGUUCCCAUUUAUACCAUGAUAUUUUUAAAUAUAUUACAUACACAAAAUGGAAAAAUUGAGUCGUGGCUUCAUGUUAACCAGCAUUUCUUAUAAUUCUUAUAAGCGCGCUAUUGCUAUGCCUUUAGUAAAAGGCGUUAUAUGUUAAGAAGUAAGGAGCACUAGGACGGAAUAAAGAAAACAUUGCAAUAAAUCAUUCAAAGAUUUGUAUUACUCUUUUUUAACAAUAAGUAACAAUACAAUAAAUAUGUUUUUAAAAUA